AUGGAAGAUCAAUAUGAAAAGAAGAUAACAUGGACGAUUAAGAAUUUCUCCUUUGUGCAAUCUCAAGCAAUUGAUUCUGAUAUUUUCGUAGUUGGUGACUCCAAAUGGCAUCUUGUGGCCUAUCCCAAGGGAAAUGGUGAAAGUACUAAUAAAUGUUUGUCACUGUAUCUGAAUGUUGCGGAUUUCCAAUCUUUGCCUAAUGGUUGGAAAAGACACAUCAAAUAUCGCUUAACUGUUGUUAAUCAAAUGUCGGAGAAACUUUCCGAACAGGAAGUAAUACAAGGCUGGUUUUAUAAAAACUUUCAUAUCUCUGGUUUCCAAACAAUGCUUCCCCUUUCCAAACUUCUUGACAAAAAUGGUGGGUUUCUGGUGAAUGGUGAUGUCAAGAUUGUUGUCGAGGUAGGUGUUCUUGAAGUCGUUGGCAAAUCAGAUGUGUUAGAGGAAACUUUAUUAGUUCAUGAAAGCAUCGAUAUCAAUGGGUUUCAAGUUCUUCCUUCACAGGUAGAAUCUGUGAACAAUCUCUUUGAGAAGCACCCAGACAUCGUAUCAGAAUUUCGUUCCAAGAACCCACUUAUGAGAACAACAUACUUGAAUGACCUACUAUGUUUGACUGAGAUCCUGUGCGAGUCCUCUGAGGAACUCUCCACUGGUGAUAUGGCUAACGCGUAUUCUACACUAACUUGUUUGAAAAAAGCGGGGUUUAAGUUGGAUUGGCUGGAGAAGAAACUGAAAGAGGUUUGUGAGGCUCGGGUGCAAGAAAUUGAUGAAGAGUGGAAGGACUUGACGGACUUGAAGGAAAAGUUUUAGCUGGAGUUC